GGCUGUGGCGGUGCUGGAAAUGUGGCUGGUGCAACUCCUGAAAAUCAAAGACCUCGAAGAGAAGGAAGCUGGUGUGCUGAGUGUGGGUUCGAGAGCGUACGAUUGCUUGACUAUUACAUGUGUGAUAUUUGCAGAGAUUAGGAACGUGCGGGUAUCAUGAAUACUGGUCUAUAUUAGGGCAAGAUCAAUCAGCGACACCGUGUGGCUUUGUGCACUUGCUCCGUCUACAACCAUCAUCAGCUCUAUCAGUCGCUCAUUCUUCAUUCAAACUGGACUGGGCAAUGCGAUCCUACUUGGAGCACAUCCUCGGCAGCUUCUACGCGGCCACAGGAUGGAACGUCGACAAUCACUAUGCGAACCUCACUGCCAGCUCUCGAGAUCUGCUCGACUUUGAGUUACCGUCUGGGUUUAUCCUAAACGUAUCCUCUUUACCCACCGGAAGUUCAGCAUCAUCCGGCACGCUCAAAAAUCUCGGCGGCGUGGUCGAUGGCGCGAUAUCGUAUUUCUAUAGUUCUCCGCAAAACAUACUUCUCGAGAACAAGCUGCGCUCCGAAAGCGUUGAUUUGACUGACUUUCUAUGUGGCUACCAUCAACUCCAUCUUCCUGAACCUGCAGAGGAUCCGGUGUAUAGAGAGAUGUGGAGAGGAGGACGGCGAGUUGAUUCCAAAUACUCGCUGCUUUAUGGGAAAUUAUACUUGCCCGGAAACACGUUAGAAUCCAUGCUCAUCCGUCAAUUUACACCUACAGACCAGAUUGUUGUGUCUGCUGUUAGCGACAAACGAAUUCAGAACGGGGGAGCACUCAUGGCACAGCUGCAACACAACUCAGGCCGCUGGUGCAGUGAAAUGAUAUAUAGCUCUCAUGAAGCACUUUUGGGUUUCAGAGGCUUGUAUAAUUUCUCUGUUGACUCUCAUUUGCCCGAACUCCCUUCAGGAAUCGCAAGUAUCCCAGGUCUUUCGGCGUCUUCGUUGCUAUUCCAGCCGCAGCAGUCCUGGUUUUCCGCCGGAGGCGAGAUCUAUUACGGAGCACUCAACAAGGCAGCCGGGGUUUCGAUCGGACUGCGAUAUGCCACCACCUCUUCUUUGGUAGGCACUCCUACCACUACUACAUUUACACUAAACCCGGUCAUGGGCCAGAUGUCGGUUGCCUACGCAGUGCAGGCCUCGACGAGCACCUCAUUCGCCAGCAGAUUUGACUUCAAUGCUUUUUCGUACGAGAGCAAUCUUACUCUGGGAUUUGAGCUUUGGAAGAACAAAAACUCUCGCGAUGAAAUUGAUGACUUUAUCGUCUCGGCGCCUGCGAUAACAGAUCGCAGCGGGGAUCAGAGUGAAGCAAAGACAGAAACGCCGGAAACCUUGCAGCCAGAAGUAACUGCCGAGGGUGCGGACACAACACAGCCGAUUUCAAUGAUAGAUGACUCAGUGUGGAAAAUCCGAGUAGCUACAGACUCUCCGUCCGUCAGGCUUCUCUGGGAAGGCCGAAUAAAGGCGUUUUUAUUCAGUGUCGGAGCCGAUAUAAGUCUACAUCGGGACCAAGGUAUGAAGACGUUUGGGUUAGAACUCCAAUACGCUGCAUGAGUGUUGUACUACAUUGAAAUAGCAUAGUUGGAUGGUAUUUUGUAUAUUACAUAUUCGAUAAUCACAUCUCGU